GGGGAAAGGGGAAAAAAGAAGAAGAAAUGGAACCUUUUCACAAACUCUUCAAACCCUAAAGCAAACCAACACCCCCUUCAUCUCCACUCGCCGCCGCCCCAUCUACCCAAAUCUUCUCGCUGCUACAUCGACAUUUCGGAAUGAGAUUUACACAUCUGAACACUCCGACCGACCAAUCACUCCGACCGUAAGAUUUAAUCGAAGUAAGAUUUGCUUAAAGGACGGAUAUGGAAGUGUCGGUGGUGGCAUCGGUGGUGCAGCUGUAGGCGCAGCACCUGGCGCAGAUAACAACGGAGUUGCAGAAACUGACGGGGCUCUUCAAAACCUUUAAUCCCCUUUUCUGAAUUCUUAAAUUUUAAGAUAUCAUGGUCGGUCGAGACAGAAAAGCAAGAAACUAUUUUUCAGGAGUAGAAUUCAAAACAAAGUGAAGGAUCCUUGAGGUUAAUUGGCGUGGCUCCAGGCUGAGAGCCUGAGAUGCUAUUCUUACCCCUACCGUCCUUCCAUGUUGUCGGCUCCCAGGCGCAUACAGUACGAAUCACUCGCCGGCAGGUUGUCAACCUUCAAUGACUUUCUAGGAUCACCUGAACUCGAAGGGGCCUCUAGAGCCCAUGUAAAGAAGCAUUCUCGCUUAUGCUACCUAUCUACAAUCUUACUGGAGCAAAUUAACAAAAACGAGAGUCUGUUGAAAAAGUACAAGAACUGGGACCACCAUCAUGGGCAGUCAUUGAGCAAUUGUGCUAAUCAGAAAGGCAAAUCGUCUUUCCGGAGUGAGGAUGAUCUAUGGCUCGAACGCCAUUCUCACGCUUCUCAGUCGAAUGAAAUUUGUAAUUCAAUGGAUGCUAAAGUGCGCAAUUUGAAUACAGUUUCCAGCAAGUCGUAG